UCCCCCGUCCCUACUGUCAGCGGUCCCAGUUCCAGGCACCAUGUUCCCGGAGGGCCCCCGCAGCCACACGCCCCGCCGGCUCCCCCUGCUGCACUUACUGCUGCUGCUGCUGCACAAUGUGGGGAGGGGGCUGGGCCGCGCCAGCCCUGCUGGGGGUCCCCUGGAAGAUGUAGUCAUCGAGAGGUACCACAUCCCCAGGGCCUGUCCCCGGGAGGUGCAGAUGGGGGACUUCGUGCGGUACCACUACAAUGGCACUUUCGAGGAUGGCAAGAAAUUCGAUUCCAGCUAUGACAGAAGCACCCUGGUGGCCAUUGUGGUGGGCGUGGGGCGCCUCAUCACCGGCAUGGACCGAGGCCUCAUGGGCAUGUGUGUCAACGAGCGGAGGCGGCUCGUCGUGCCCCCCCACCUGGGCUAUGGCAGCAUCGGCGUGGCGGGCCUAAUCCCCCCGGACGCCACCCUCUAUUUCGACGUGGUCCUGCUGGAUGUGUGGAACAAGGCAGACACGGUGCAGGUGAGCACCUUGCUACGUCCGCCCCACUGUCCCCGCAUGGUCCAGGACAGCGACUUUGUCCGCUACCACUACAAUGGCACCCUGCUGGAUGGCACCGCCUUCGACUCCAGCUACAGCAGGGGCGGCACCUACGACACCUACGUGGGCUCCGGCUGGCUGAUCAAGGGCAUGGACCAGGGGCUGCUGAGCAUGUGUCCUGGAGAGAGAAGGAAGAUCAUCAUUCCCCCAUUCCUGGCCUAUGGCGAGAAAGGCUACGGAACGGUGAUCCCACCACAGGCCUCGCUGGUCUUCCACGUCCUGCUGGUGGAUCUCCACAACCCCAAGGACACGGUCCAGCUGGAGACGCUGGAGCAGCCCCCUGGCUGUGUCCGGAGAGCCGAGGCCGGGGACUUCAUGCGCUAUCACUACAAUGGCUCACUGAUGGACGGCACCCUCUUUGAUUCCAGCUACUCCCGCAACCACACCUACAAUACUUAUGUGGGGAAGGGCUACAUCAUCUCCGGGAUGGACCAGGGGCUGCAGGGGUCCUGCAUGGGGGAGCGCCGCAGGAUCACCAUACCCCCGCAUCUCGCCUACGGGGAGAACGGCACCGGAGACAAGAUCCCCGGCUCUGCUGUGCUGAUCUUCGACGUCCAUGUCAUCGACUUCCACAACCCUGCAGAUCCAGUGGAAAUCCAGACCCUGUCUCCGGCCCCCGAGGCCUGCAACGAGACCUCCAAACUGGGGGACUUUGUCCGAUACCACUACAACUGCUCUCUGCUGGACGGGACCAAGCUCUUCUCCUCCCACGACUACGGAGUCCCCCAGGAGUUUGCCACCUUCAUCAAGGCUCAAGUGAAAGAGGGCAAGGGGCGCCUCAUGCCCGGCCAGGACCCUGAGAAAACCAUAGGGGACAUGUUCCAGAACCAGGACCGUAACCUGGACGGCAAGGUCACGGCCGAGGAGCUGAAGCUGAAGUCGGACGAGGACCGGGAGCGGGUCCACGAGGAGCUCUGAAGGGCGUGUGGGCACCUGGGCCUCUCAGAAGAAACCCCGCUAGUCACCCCCACCCCAGCCGGCCCAGCUCACGGAGCAGCCGACACUGGUCUCCCUAGAGCCCUGGGUGACACUCCACAGUACAGUCCUCGAGUCCCUCCAACCCCAAACCCCCUGUGGAGUCGUGGAGUUUGAAAGCCAGCUGGGGGACUGGAUGGGGCAUCGCCAGCCCCUCCCUCCCCUCCCACACCGGGCACUGCAGGGACUCAUCUCUAGUCACACCUUGUUGUCAUUCCCUUUGCCCCCCCAUCCAUCUGUUCUGGCAGCUCCCCCGCCCCAGGUGACCACCCUCCCCCAGCACUCGCUGGUUCCUAGGGAAGGGGGUGGCUGCAGGGCAGCCCUACCUCCCCCUGCUCACCCACCUCACUGCCCCCAGCAAGGCUGAGGGCCCAAAGUGCUGGGGUCCAGGCCUGGGUUUGGGGUGGCCUUCCCACAAAGGAAGGUGCCUUUCUCAAAGUGUCCUUGAAGGGGAGGCUCUCGGGACCCUGCCCAAAUGGAUCUUCCUUCCCCUCCACUCACUGCCACCUCGGGUCCCCCCAUAGGACAGAGGGGAACUGCUCUGAGGGUUCCCAGGCUGGAAAUAUCCCCGGGGCAGACUGCCCUGUCUUUUUUCUAGCAGCUGGCGGCUUUGAACCGCCAAACUUCUGGUGCUGUGCUGAACCCUCGCACCACCAGGCGUCUUCGGUGGGUCUUAGGGCUGCCGCACCCUUAGGGUUUGUGCUGGGAUUAGUUUGAAAGAGGGGCUUGUUUGGGGCCGAGGGGUGGGAGUCAGAUCCUUCUCCUUGGUGUCAAAUAAAGAAGAAACGGAGCUCCUCAGAC